AUGGCCAAGAUUCGUCUCAGACUGACGCGAACAUCUGCCGCCGCAGAAAAUACGCCAAGAGUCUUUGAAGAAGUGGCCGACGAGUCCAUGCCGGAUGCCGACGCGACGCGCAACGAUGACGAUGACGACGACGAGGAUGCCAAACCGCCCAACGAUUCUGGAGACGACGACGACGACGACGACGACGACGACGGCAGCGGCGGUGCUGACGGGGCCGAGGAGGAAGAAGAGAAUGGCGGCGAUGGCGUGGCAGAGGAGGCGGAGGGGGACAAGGCGGACGAGUCGGUGACGGCCUCAUCCAGGGACGCGCAGCCGGCGCAGAACAUGGUGCGGAGGAAACGCCUGGGGCGACCUCCCAAGAACAGGCCCCCGGACUGGGACCCGAUGGUGAUGGUGCCGGCGGACGAGGUGCGCGACACGCCGCGGCGCAGGGGCCGGGGCGGGUGGAGGGGCCGGGGGGGGCGGAAGGGCGGCGCAGCGCCUCCCAAGGCGGAGCAGGUGAUUGACGGCGAGGGCACGGUGGCGGAGAUCGCCAACGACGAGUGCGUCCUCCCGACCGACGCCGAGGGCGAGGCCAAGGUGGACGCGAUGGGCAACCUCCAGGGCGGGCGAGACUACCGGUGCCGCGUCUUCACCGUGCUCGGCCGCGGCGAUCGGCUGUACAUGCUCUCGACGGAACCGGCGCGCUGCGUGGGUUUCCGCGACAGCUACCUCUUCUUCACCAAGCACCGCAAGCUACACAAGAUCAUCGUCGACGACGAGGAGAAGCGGGACAUGAUCAGCAGGGACAUCAUCCCCCACUCGUACAAGGGCCGGUCGAUAGGCAUCGUCACGGCCCGGUCCGUCUUCCGCGAGUUCGGCGCCCGCAUCGUCGUCGGGGGCAGGCGCGUCAUCGACGACUACAACGUCGCCCUGGCCAGGGCCGACCCGACGGUCGAGGAGGGCCAGCUGGCAGACCCGGACGACAAGUUCAUCCCGGGACAGCCCUACAACAAGAACCAGUACGUCGCCUGGCACGGGGCCAGCGCCGUCUACCACACCAACCAGCCCUCUGUGCCUGCGCCGGCGGGCAAGCCAGAGUACAAGAAGCGAAAGGUCAAUGUCAAUGAUACGAAUUGGAUGCUCGAGCAUGCUCGCGAAGCGAGCAUCUUCAAUAGCGGUAUCAAUGCCAUCAGGAAACUCAACAACGCGGGCGUCUACGACAUUCACACCAACGUGAUGCAGUACCCUGCCUACCUGCAGCCCACGGUAGCCCGCAUCGAGCAGGUACCACCGACCGUUGAGGGGGGGAGAGGCACGGGCAGCAGCAGCGGUACCAAGUUCCCGCCCGUCCCGGCCAAGCUGGCCAGGAACUUCUUGGUGGUGGACACGUACACCGAGACGCCACCCACGGGGAUCAGCCCGGGCGCGUACUCGCACGGCAGCGGCAGCGGCGCACCCCCGACCGCGGACUUCCUCUCGGCCUUUAGCUGCCUGGAUGCCGUGCCCGAGGACGUGAGGGACCUGCUGCCGGCCGAGUGCCGUCUCGCGUUCGACAAGGCGGUCGACAGUGAGAGGGAGUGGAAGGGGAGGUGGGGACCCGAGAGCAGGACAAUGUGCCGGCGGGAUCCGAUCAUCGACAAGGCCAUCGUUCCCUAA